AAGAGCAGAAUACAUUGUAUUCAGUGCAUAUACGAGGAAUUUAUAUUCAACGAAACAACCAAUGUGCCAAUACAUGUAGUGUAAGAAGCAAUGACUCACCCACCUUCUCUCUCUUUUCACUUUCUCAGCAACUUCCUUUACCCGUGACGGAAAACUCAAAAAGCACUUAUAAUCCUUAGAAUCCUUCCGAUUCCCACUUCAAUUUCAGCUAUUUUACCUCAAAGUUUCUCUCGUUCUCUCUCUUUCGCUUUCUGGGUAUUUUGGAAACGCGCUUAUUUGUGAUGGGUGCUAUUGUGGAGUGUUGCCCGCCACCGCGUGGGGACGAGCUGGCGGUGUUGUCUCUCAACACGUUACCGUUAGGGUUCCGUUUCCGUCCAACCGAUGAAGAGCUUAUUGAUUACUACCUGCGCUUGAAGAUCAACGGAAAUGGUGAUGAUGUUUGGGUCAUCCGUGAAAUUGAUGUCUGCAAAUGGGAGCCUUGGGAUUUGCCUGAUUUGUCAGUGGUACGGAACAAGGAUCCCGAGUGGUUCUUCUUUUGUCCGCAGGACCGGAAGUAUCCGAAUGGGCACCGGUUGAACCGAGCUACGAAUCAUGGGUAUUGGAAAGCAACAGGGAAGGAUCGCAAGAUUAAGUCUAGCUCCACCUUGAUUGGAAUGAAGAAGACUCUGGUUUUCUAUACUGGUCGUGCUCCCAAGGGGAAGAGGACCAAUUGGGUUAUGCAUGAGUACAGGCCUACCCUCAAGGAGCUUGAUGGUACCAAUCCUGGACAGAAUCCAUAUGUCCUUUGUCGAUUAUUUAAGAAACAAGACGAGAGUCUUGAAGUUUCAAAUGGUGAUGAAGUGGAGCGGAUUGCUUCAACUCCUAUGACCGCCAAUUACUCUCCUGAAGAAAUACAAUCUGAUUCAGCUCUGGUUCCAGUAUCUUCUUCACAGGUUACAGAUGAUAAGCCUCUAGCAGUUAUAACUGAGAACUCUGAGGAAGCAGUAUCCAACAUGAUAAUCCCAGUUGAUUGCCAUAGCGACGGGUGUGAUGUUUAUGAUGCACAAUACCAACUUGUAGAAUCAGUUGCGGAGGAGGAUCAGCCGCUGAAUGUGAACAUAUUUUAUGACCCAAUAAAUCAGCAAUUAGAUGACAAAUUAUUCUCUCCUGUCCACGCACAUUUCCCACCAGAAUUCAGUUAUCAGCCUAACAAUCAACCAGAACUUCUGUAUGGCACAAAUGAGCCAAAUAUUUCAGACUUUUUUGACUCAGUUGUUAAUUGGGAUGCAUUCUCCCAUGACGAUUCCAGCAGUCUUGACCUGAGCUCAACCUUGAUCAAUGUUAAGGAAUAUGGAUCGGGCAGUGACUCAGAUGUGGAAAUGGCCAAUAUGACACAUCUGCAAGCAUUACAUGCUGAUAAUUCUAAGGAUGCAUUUGAACAGAAGAACAAUAUUGGAUCAUUUCAGAACAAUUACCAAAUGGCUUUCUCAACUGAUGCUAGAAUCAGCCAAGUGCACAAUGUGGGCAAUGAUUAUGAGCAAUCAAGAAACUUUGAUGCAUUUGUUAACGGCGACACUGGAAUCAGAAUACGGUCUCGUCAAGGACGAAAUGAGCAGGCAAACGCAAACCCUAUGAUAUCACAAGGUAUUGCACCAAGAAGAAUACGAUUGGGAGGAUUUGUCAGGCAAUCACCUGGUUCAAAUGUAAUACCAACAGUAGGGACAUGCGCACCAGAAGACCAUAAUUCAAAAACCAUCAUUGCCGUGGAGAGCAAAGUUUCAGAAAACAAUUUUGCUGCCGAUAGUUCCACUGUUACUAAUGAUGUUGAUGAACCAGAGAAACCAAAGCCAGAGAAGCCAAAGGCACCUCCUGAGUCAGCUGACACGAAAAAGAUUUUACAGCAACACGUUGCAACUGCAGAAUCCAUCUCCGAGCCCAAGAACCUUCUAUCGGGCCGAAAGGUCCGUCCCACGUCAAAGAUUUCCUACAAUCGUGCCAUGUGGUCUUCUGUUCUUGCAGUUUCUGCCAUUGUACUUGUCUCACUAGUACUUCUUGUUAAUAUAUGGGGAUAUCUCAGACUUUAAAUUGCUUACUACUAGUAGAUCAUUCCGGAAUUCGCCUCCAUUGCUUUUUUGGCCAAUUAGGGAGGCGUGUAGGAUUGACUUCGUUGUCUUGUUGAUAAGAAUGUGCAAUGUAUAAUAAUAUGUGCAUAUGUAGUGGUUUCAGAAUAUGGUAACAUAGUCAAUAGCUAGUUCUGUAGGCUUGUGUUGCCGCAGUUAGAUUCAGAGUUUGACCGUUUCCAUUUUUGUUUUGGGAUCAAAGUUAGUUUUUUCCCUCUUGAUUAGAAGUGAUGACACGUUGUCACCUUGGGAUUUUGGCUAUCACCUUACCACAGUGUUUUGUUCUUUUAUUGCUUUGAUCCCAUUUUAACACAUCUGAGUUCUUUGUAAUCCCUUUUUGGCCAUAUGUAUUAGUGGAGGAUCAUGUGUAGUUUUUUUAUUAAACUGUUGAACAAUUCUCAAUCCUUAAAAUUAUUUCUUCUGUAUGAAAUAAAAUAUUAAAGAAC